AAAAAAAUGUCUUUUCCGAGAGAUUCUUCCAAUGCUUCAUUAAGCAAUAAUACUAGUCACUUUAGCUUAUACGCGGAAUCAUCUUCUACUCGUUCUGCUGACUCUCCUAGUUUACCACGUAAACACUCGGAUAGCACUUGCUCAGAACCAACGUUUUCCUUUGUUCCUCUUAGAGCUAGUCAUAGUCAUCAUCAUUCUCGUCAAAGUAGCCUAAAUCAAACUGUCGUCCAACGUGACAAGAGUGCUGACAGCAAUGACCCGUUUAGACUAAUAAGGAUGGCACCUAACAUCAUCAAGAUGAGAAAGGGAAGUGUACUAGCUAGAAAUACGAUAUUGAAGAUGGAUCAUUUCUCGAGUGGAACCAAUACCAAUCUCGACUUUCAUCUCCAGGGCGCACCUAAUUUUCGUGUAGCAGACCUUAAUGUCUAUGGUGUUGCUCAACCGACGGUAAUUGGCUUAUCUACCAUACUGGCUAUAUUGAAUUGUCAUCCAAAGAGUUCAAACUCAGUGUCUUGCACAUGGUUUUCAACUCGUGAGGAGCCCUUGGUCUAUUUGAAUGGGAUACCCUAUGUAUUACGUGAAUUUGCAGACCCAUUACAAAACAUGCGCGCAUUUCUCGGAAUAAACUCUGUUCGAUUAGAGAAGGUAGAGGAAAGACUAAAAUCAGAUGUCAUUAAGGAAUCAAGAACUUUGGGUGGAUUGAUUCUCGUCCAUCAAGAACUACCGGACGGAACAAUCGUACCGUGCUACAUUGCUGCCGAUAAAGUUCAGACACCAAAAGAAGUGUUCCAAGAAUUUCAACAACAAGGAUUUAGAUUAAAGUAUUUUCGUAUUCCAAUCUCGCCUGAACAAGCACCAGAGGAUAACUACUUUGAUGAAUAUAUUCAUGUCAUACGCAAUUUAGAGCCAACGGAUCCACUCAUCUUUAAUUGUGGUAUAGGAGCCGUAAGAACAACGGUUGGUGUUAUUAUCGGACAGAUAAUCAGACGUACUCAACUGAUCGAAAGAGGCCAUCCGGAUCCAUUUCCUAUCUCGGGUUGGAGUUAUACUGAUCCAGGUAGCCCAUCAGACAGCAUCAACAGAUUUGUGGUGAAAGAAUUAGAAGAGGCAGAUCAUUUAAAUGCUAAAAAUAAUGCAUUACUUCGGCUGAUUCUCUUGCUUGAACAAGCUCUCAACUCUAAGCUGACAUCCCAUUCAGCUAUACAGUGGGUAAUGCAAAGGGGGUCACUGAUUGAAAAUUUGAAAGAAGCAGUGAUGGGUAACUAUCAGUCCAUAGUAUCAUUAACAGCAUUGCUUGAAAGUGGCGUAUACAGUAAAAGGUUACUAGAUACUAUCAUUAAUAAAUCGGACGAUGUUGUCAACCUAAGAGAGGAUAUCCUAAUGAACCGCAUACGUCAAAUCACAGAGGUAUCAUCUGCAAACUAUAACGAGAGCAACUAUCUGUCCAAGGCCUUAAAUGGUUUACAACGAUACUUCUUUUUACUCUGCUUUACUGCAUAUGUUAAUGAAUCGCCCAAUACCAAGUUUGAGCAACGAUUCUCAACCUGGGUAAGAGCUAGAACAGAAGUAUGGGCCAUGCUUCAAAACAUGCGUCGAAAAGGUCCUCGUCUUUAUUUCUUUCGCCCUGUGGAAGAUCUGCAUCAAUUAGCCACACAUCAUCAAAAGAAAGUGAGUACAGGCAUGUUUGAUAUGGUAGCCGCGGAUGAUACGACGAUAGAAAUGGAAAACGUUGUGAUUAAUGCAAGAACAGGUCUAGUCUUAACAUCACAAACCAUUCUUAAAGUUGACUUUUGGCACUACGGAUAUCUCAAGGACGCGUCUCAAAAUCAAGAAAGACAUCAUCGCUUCGUUAUUGACGGAGCGUCCAACUUCAGAAGAGUUGAAAACACACACGUUUAUGGAGUUGCUCAACCUACAGUCAAUGGAUUACGGCAAGUAAUUCGAAAUCUGCUCAACUCAAGCGAACGCAUACUGUGGAUCAAUCUACGAGAGGAACCCAUCAUUUACAUCAACGGCAUACCCUAUGUGCUACGAGAUCGAGCCUUUACCCUGAGGAAUUUGCGAGCCUACAAAGGAAUCACUGGUUCACGUAUGGAACAGCUUGAGGAAAGACUGAAGGAAGAUGUGAUUAAAGAGGUGAUGCAAUGUGGUGGUAGGAUCUUACUGCAUGGAGAAGAUAGUAACGGAAAUGUCUUGUCUUCCUGGGAGGAUGUUGAUAUUCAGGAUAUCAUGACAGUACGUGAGGUCAUGGAGUUUGCUGCACUCGAAGUCAGGCAGACCUAUGACUCUUCAGACGAUGAUAGCGACAAUACCAAGCAACCAGCCGUCAGUCACAUCUUGGAGUAUUACCGUGUACCGAUCACUGCAGAAAAGGCACCAGAAUGGAGAGACAUUGACGACUUGCAAGCUCUCGUAGCAGGUGUUGAUCAUUCAAAGACGGCGAUUAUCAUGAAUGAUCAAGUGGGUUUGGGAAGAUCUACAACGGGUACGAUCAUCGCUACCUUGCUCACUCGUUGGAUCCGUCCCAAGACACAACAAGUAGUGCGAUCUCCUUCCUAUUACCCUAAUUAUCAAAUCAUCAACAGUUUGCUAAGAGUUAUCAAGCGUGGAUUGGAGAAUAAGCAAAUUGUUGAUUACACGAUGGAUCAAUGCUCUAUUGGUGCUCGUCAGUUGCGCGAUAUUAUCGAAUCAGCACGUGUACAGGCUGAAAAAGAAAAGGAAGAAGAUCCUAACCAGUUCAAACGAACGGUAAAGCGAGGCAUUACGGCACUUGAAAGGUACUUUUUAUUCAUCUGCUUUCAAGCUUAUCUGGAUGGUACUUCACCCUCUCUUGUGAACGAAACGGAGAGCUUCAGUCAUUGGAUGGAGCGUCAUCCUGAAUUAAACACCAUCCUGGACGAUUUACUGCACGCCAGUGAAGAGGAACAGUUUAGGUCACUCAUGCCAGUGGAAAAAUCAUUGACUGGAGAUGGCAUAGCGCUGUCAAGCGAGGUCAUGAGUGUCGUCAGCCGUCGACACGGUCAAGUCUUGGCUCAACAGACCAUCCUGAAGCAUGAUGCAUUUCCUGGUUGUCAAAAGAUGAGCCUUAAAGAGAAGAUCCCUGGAGCUUACAACUUUAGACGUGUCGAGAUCAGUAAAAUCAAGUCAGCUGUCAAGUACGGGGGUAUGGCUGCUACUGUCGGCGGAUUAGCAGCAGACAUGGAGCGUAGUGAUGAAGAUCCCCUGACCGCUCCUUUUAUUUGUGGAUGUGCUAUGCCAAAUAAGGAUGCUGUCAAAUCCAUCUUGAAGGCGAUGCAAGCGGGCCCAGGAGGUAAACGACGAGUGUUAUGGACCUGCUUACGUGAAGAACCUGUAAUCUAUGUCAAUAAGAACCCAUAUGUCUUGCGGCUCUUUAUAGAUCCUCUGAAGAAUCUGGAAACAACGGGUAUCUCAAAAGAACGGGUUGAGAGCAUGGAAGACCAGAUGAAGUAUGAAGUAUUGCAAGAGCUCAAGGAGUACGAUGGCAGAAUAUUGCUUCAUGAUGAGGAAGCUGGAAGCUUCAAUUUGAUGCCUGUUUGGGAGACAGUACCUCCAGAGGAAGUAGAAACCCCCGGAGAAGUAUUUGCAUCUAUUCGUGCAGAAGGAUACCAAGUGGAUUAUCUUCGAAUUCCAAUAACAGAUGAACAAGCACCUAUACCUGAUGUAUUUGAUCAAUUGAUACAGAGAAUGCAAGAAGCAAAUCAAGGAUAUGAUAUCAUGUUCAACUGUCAAAUGGGACGUGGUCGCACUACAACAGGCAUGGUUGUAGCAUCUUUGUUGUCCAUGAUAUUAAGUAACGACGCUAUUGGGGAUAUGACGGACUCGUUCAUGGUUGAUAGUAGCAGUAAUGUCAACACCAUCAUGUUUUCUUUACAGUCAGAUGAAGAAAUAGACGAAUCAUACGAAGAAAGAGAACGUUUUGAGAAUGGCGAAUACAGAAUCAUCUUACAGCUUGUUAGUGUACUCAGUUAUGGUAAAUUAGCCAAACGACUCACAGACCAAGCGAUCAAUAUGUGCGACCAUAUGCAAAAUCUGAGAAAAGCUAUCUAUGACUACAAAUUGCGAUUGGAGACCAUGACUGACCAUGGAUCUAAGAAAUGGAAAUCCGUUCAUGAAGUGGCCAUGAACUAUCUCGUGCGUUACUUUUACUUGAUUGUCUUUACGAAUUAUCUCUUGGAAGAAAUGGGCUCUAUCAAGGGCGAAGAAGACGAUAGUUCUUUCAAGGAAGCAAAGAAAUUGACUACCUUCAAAGAAUGGUUGAAGAAUCGUAGAGAAAUUGUAAAUAUCAUCUCUUUACAAUCCUUUGAUCUAUGCUAGAUUUUGAUGAUUCCAAGCAUAAGAAUAAAAUAAAAUUGUGUACAGC